AUGUUUCUUUGUGCGGAGGAAUGGUUAACACUUGGGUUAAAUGCACCAUUGCUUUUCUAUCAUAUAUGGAGGUAUUUUCAUGGCCCAGCCGACAGCUCUGAGUUGGCAUACGACCCGCCUGUAGUGAUGAAUGCCAGUACGCUGAGCUACUGCCAAAAAGAGGCCUGGUGCAAGCUGGCAUUUUACCUGCUCUCCUUCUUCUAUUAUCUGUACUGGUAG